UUUGAACAUGGGUGAUGGGUGCACGCAUUAACAACUAACCCUUUUGCUUCGAAGUCUGAGAUGACAAUCACCAGAAGGAAUCUCUUUUUAUCAUUUACAAAUCGCAUAUUCAAAACUAUUCUUAAUUCCCCUUUGACCUUCUUCUCCGUUUGCAUCUCCCUCCAUUGCAGCCCAUCCAAAGCUCUCUCUAGAGUUAGAUGGAUUCAGAUCAUCAUCGGAACAUAGAUUUUCGACAUAUUGCUGAUAAUUUCAGCUCAUUGGAUCAGGUUAUAUCUGCAUUGAGACACGAAGGUCUUGAGUCAUCAAAUUUAAUUCUCGGUAUCGACUUUACAAAGAGCAAUGAGUGGACAGGCAGGCAUUCUUUCAGAAGAAGAAGUCUGCAUUCCAUUGGCAGCAUACCCAAUCCGUACGAGCAAGCGAUUUCUAUAAUUGGACAAACAUUGUCUCCUUUUGAUGAUGAUGGUUUGAUACCUUGUCUCGGUUUCGGUGAUGAAACAACGCGUGAUCAGCAUGUAUUCAGCUUUUACCCCGAUCACAGGCCAUGUAGAGGUUUCAAGGAAGCGCUUUCUCGAUAUAGAGAAAUUCUGCCAUUCCUGAAAUUAUCGGGUCCAACCUCUUUUGCCCCUGUUAUAGAUGCUGCAAUAGGCAUUGUUGAGAAAACCAAUUGGCAGUAUCAUGUCCUUGUUAUUGUUGCAGAUGGACAGGUUACGAGAAAUCCCGACACACCACCAGGUAGAUUAAGUUCUCAAGAGCAGGCAACCAUAAACUCCAUUGUGGCUGCUAGCCAUUAUCCUCUAUCGAUCGUUCUAGUCGGGGUAGGAGAUGGACCGUGGGAUGCGAUGCGGCAAUUCGAUGAUAACAUCCCUCAACGUGCAUUUGAUAAUUUCCAGUUUGUAAACUUCACAAAAAUCAUGUCUGAGAGCAAAGAAGAAUCAAAGAAGGAAGCAGCAUUUGCUCUGGCUGCGCUCAUGGAAAUCCCAUUUCAAUACAGAGCCACUCUCUCUCUGCAGUAUUCAAAGAGAGAAUCUGUAUAUAGCAAAAGUGCAGGGCCAGUUCCUCCUCCUCCUGAAGUUAUCAACCAUGACAAUGCAGUUGCAAACCAAAAUUUAAUCAAAGCUAAUGCUGAAAGGCAGAGCUCCUCGUCUGAAUCGGUCUGCCCAAUAUGCCAAACAAACCCAAAGGACAUGGCUUUUGCUUGUGGUCAUACAACGUGCAAGGAUUGUGGGGUAACCAUCUCGACAUGCCCAUUGUGUCGAGAACCUAUAAAGAUGCGCGUGAGACUAUAUUAGUAAGUAAACAAAAGAACUUCGCCAUUGCCCCUUAAGGUAUCAAAGUAUUGAAGUUAGUUUACGUUAUGAGUAAACUUAUACUGUACAGUUUGUGAACUGCUGAGGAAGAUGAACCAACUUUUAUGGGGUUUUUCUUUUUCUGCUAAGAACCAAAUCGGCCUGGUCCGGUCGCGGGUGACCCGCACGGCCAAAAUGCGAAACUAUCUCGUAAGUUACACUGAGCAUCAAAUGGGGAAUAUUGCAAUAAUUAUGUUGUAUAAGGAACUGUCAAUUGUAAAAUUGUUACAAAAUGUAGAGAGCAUGUGGUUGAGGAUUAAAA